CUAAUCGUAAUUUUAUCGUAUCCAUAUUCAUACGUAUCGCUUCUUUUAAGCACUUAAUAAUGGCUACGAAGGUGGGUACUAUGAAAAAAAAAUCUGAUGUUUGCGGUGUAAAUGUCAAACGAUUUGGGACUCGCAUUUUAUACGCGUUAAAAUGCCAUAAGAACUAAGAACUGAAAAUGCCUUCCCGAAAAAAAGCGAACCUUUCACGAAAGUCUCGCAACACAAUGAGGUUACGAAAAUAUAGCGACGAUCGUGAUUUUAGGCGUAGCCACAACUACCAGAGACGUUAUGCAGCAUGUCGCCUCCGAAUUUAUGCAACGGAACCCAGCUAAAAGUAGUGCAGCUGCAGCGAAACCUCAUUGAGGCACAGAUCCUGAAGGGGUGUGGCGCCGCAGAAGUCGUGUUCAUCCCGCGCAUCCCCCUCAUCCUGAGCAAUUUCCCGUUCCACUUCAAGCGCCUACAGUUCUCCGUGAGCGUCUGCUUCGCCAUGAACAUCAACAAGUCGCAGAGGCAGACGCUGCGCGCAGCCGGCGUGGACCUGCGCACGGGCUGCUUCUCGCACGGGCAGCUCUACGUGGCGUGCUCGCGCGUUACCAGCCGCACGUGCUGAUGCCCACCGGGGAGACUCGC